GAAGUGCGAAACGUCUAGUUGCAUAGCGCGCUGACUCACCCCCGCCACCACACGUCGUCGCAAAAGUAAGAACCGAAACGCAAGAACUAUGGCACUUGCUGGGCACCGCCUUAUCUCAAGCUCCUCAUCAUCCACUGUAACUGCCGUUUCAUCGUUCCCUCCAAAACCAAAACCCCCAAUUUCAAAUCACAACUUCUCCUCCAACCAUGAAAUUCCAAACUUCUUACACAGUCGCAGAGACGUUGCUUUGCUCUCCUUCAUCGCUCUAAUUCCUUCUCUUUCGCGACCCGACCCGGCAUUCGGAAUCUCCUUCGGCAUUUCAGGACCAAAGGAUUGGCUCCGAGAACAAAAGAAGAAGGCCUCCAGGUUCCUCUUGGCCCCAAUUGAUGCCUCUAGAGAGAGCCUCCUCACUGCUCAUCGAAUACUCACGGCUACCGAUUCUAAUAGUACAAAUGAAGAGAUAGAGGAGGUUCAGAGACUAUUUAAAUCUGCUGCGAGGGAUUGCGUUCCAGAAGACAGGAAUUCAUUUGUUGCAUUUCAAGCCAAUACAGGGGUUGAGGUUUGCACAUUCCGUCUGGUUGUAAAGAAUGCGGCGUCGUUGCUUGGUGAUAAGGAUCCUGUAAAAUUGGAAGCUGAAUCCAUACUAAAUGAUCUUAUAAGAUCAUUCACUUCUCUUAAUGUUCUGGUAAAUGAGACUGACGUUCAAUUUGCCUCUGAAAGAAAGAAGGUUGCAGAUUCUCUUAUGGAUACCAUAUCAUCCCUAGACAAAUUUGAGCAGGGAAUUAAGGACUGCCUUGAAGCUUGACCAAUAUGUAUUUGUUUUCCUUGCAGAAGAAAACUAUCUUGUGGACGUCAUGUUUGAAAUUCUGCAGAUGCAUGUUUAUUCCAGAUUCAGAAAUCUCUCUUUGCUCUGUCUGUUCGGUGUCUUGAUUUUUCCUCUGUCAUGUUCUUUGACCUUAUUUUGGUGCAUUCUUUUUCCUAUAAGAUAGAUCCUUAUAAUUUAGUAUCGUUAUUGAAUUAAGUAAAUGCUAGUUCUGCUCCAACCAAAAAGGAAAAAGAAAAAAGAAGUAAAUGCUAGUUUUGUUGCGAAGUCUUUGUGUUGCAGUCUCAGUUUCUCAUUGUAGAAAUAUCAUUCUGGUCGUUGUUAUCAGAAUGGGAUGCAAUUAGCUCUGUAGAAAUGUACAUUUCGUCACAUCUUAAGUCAUUCUAGUCAUUCAGUUCAAUCUAAUUGUGAACAUGAAUCCACAAACUAACUAAAUGUCUGGCUUGAAAUAAAGCAAAAUGCACACUUAUAAAUUUGUGUACUUUGCAUACUGAAGGUUACCAAUUGUCGGUGAGCAUUGUUGAUAAUUUGCCUAACAUAAUUGAACAACUGAAUAUGUACAUAUUUGUUUGCUAAUGAAAUUGUCAGACAUCUUAAAUUCAUUUGAGUUCUCAUUCCAAUGGAAUAUAUUUUCCUUUGACAGUACUACAAAUAUUGAUGCCUACUCCUAUGCUGCUUUAAUUUUGAGUUGACACUUGUGGUAUCAAAUUAUAAAUGACCUGUUGGUCCCUGUGGAGUGGUCUAAUAGGUAAUCAGAUGUUGCUACACCAACUGGCUGUGAAGUGUUCCAUCAUCUGGCUGUGUUUAUACUGACCUAGACAAGCUGCGCAGCUAGUUGGAGAUAUUUAGUGAACAUCAGCUGGCCAUCUAUGGAAUAGUUUGCUUUGGUGAACCAGAAGCCUCAACCAAAUACAAGCGACAACAUGGUGUUCCAUCAUCUGGGUGGGUAUAUACUGACCUAGGCAAGCUGCGGAGCUUGUUGAACAGAUUUAAGGGAUCGUGCAUGAGCCCAAAAUGAGCAUCUGGAUCACCAAUUUGUGAAAGUUUAACAUGAGAAAAGCCAAGAGAUGGCAGGAGAUGAUCAGGCCAAUCGCUGUAGAAAUGGAAGAUGGAACUGGAGAGACUGGUUGAUGGUUUGUUCAUAAAAUCUGCCAAGAGCACUGUGUUAGUAAGCGAGCACUUGUCUGCUAUGAUUUCAAGUACUUGUGUGGCCUCAGAGUGGGAUAGGUAGUAGAGGAUGCCUUCCAGAACCCACACUGUGUUCUUCUCUGGCACAAACCCUGAUAUUUGAAGUUUUUCGAGCCAGUCAUUGCUUCUGAUAUCAGCCGCCACUCUGGUUAUGGAUUUUGCUGUUAUCUUUAGAUACUGGUGAUCGUUUGUAGAAUCCAUCGCUGCUUGCAGAAGAGUGGCUUUAAUUUGCAGGACUUCAGGAAAAUCAACUUCAAACACAUUGCUUUCCUUCAAGCAACUCAAUCG